AUGAGACAAUCCUUGUCUUUCUUCUCCUCCCCUGUAUUCUUCUUUCUGGUCAUUCUAUUUCUAGCCAAGGUUGAUGCUAAUAUCGUCAAUGAAACAUGUCAAAAAGCUUCUCAGGUUGACAAGGAGCUCCAAUAUGACUUGUGCGUUGCGGCUCUUAGACAAGAUCCCAAGAGCCACAUUGCAGAUCUCCCGGGGCUAGGGAUCAUCUCAGCAAAGUUAGUCAAAGACAAUGCAACAAAGAUUGGUUCACGCAUUAAGAAGCUCAUGAAUGAUACAAAAUCUGAUGCAAAUCUUAAGGGCUGCUUGCAGGAUUGUAAGUUGUUAUACUCUACAGCGGAGCUUAAAACAAAACGUGCAAUUGAAUCCUUCAAAUCUAAGGAUUACUUUGAAGCUAAUACCGCUGUGGGUGCCGCGUUGACCGAUGCUGAUACUUGUGAAGAAGCGUUCAAAGAGAGUGGCUUAAAAUCGCUUUUGAUAGUAGAGUAUAAUUCUUUCUACCAGUUGGGUGCAAUUCCGCUGGCUAUUAGCUUUCUUUUGAUAUGA